AUGCCCACAUCAGCUCAGAAGAAUAACAAGAAAAAAAAGAACCAAGAUAACUACGAGUCACAAGGCUCAGACAACUUGGAGCCUGCUCUGAAGAAAAAGAGUACGUAUAGUAAAAGUAUUAACAGUGAUGGUAUCUCGCAGGGCAAUGUUGUAAGCUCAAAAUGCCAGCCAAAAAGAACUAAGCGGCAACAAGCUCUUGACAACGAAGACAAUGAAACGCUCAAGCGAAAGCUUGUGGAAGCUCAAAAAUGGCUCGCGGCAACCGAAGCCCUCCUCCAAGCAAAGUCAGCUGGUCUUGACACUACUGCUAAUAGUAUUGUAGACAUCAGCAGCAUCGCCAUUGAAGACAAUGAUGAAGUUGAAUCUGAAGACGAAGACGACGAUGCUCAGUUGACCCCGUUUCGUAGUCUUGGAGAGGUACCCACAAGGUGUGACGCUGUGGAGAAGAAAAAGCGAAGACUCUACCACAAAGGUGACGCUCCAAAGUUACUGUCUUCCCGUGAGACAACACCAGACAACCACGACAGCACAAGUAAUAGCAAGAGUCUGCGUGGGUCCUCUGACACAAAUGUCGAACCACCUGCUACAUCUCGCUCACAAACAUGUGCGUAA